UGUAUUAAUUACCUCUCUAAUUUCAUGCACAAAAGUUUUAACAUUUUUUGCUCUCAGGUUUACACGUACGUACAGACAGAUGAGUAGUAAUUUUAACGUGUAAGGAACGUACUGAUCUGUGUGUGAUGAUGAUGAUGAAAUGAGAGAAUUAAAAGCCAAUUAUAUAAGUAUAUUGGUUGAUGAGGCGGUGUGUAUGUAGAUACAUUAAUAGCAGCUACCUAAUUAACUUUAAUUUUGUGUCUCUUCUUCCUUCUGCUUAAGUCAUUGUACAUGUGAAAUUAACCUAAUGGAAAUCAAUAUAUAGGGGUGUUGUUUGGGGAAUACUAGGUUUUUCUUUGCCAGAUUCUUGGCUUACCAUGAUUGGAUCGAUGUCCCGGAUGAGAAAAGAUUUGUUGUCCAAGCUCGGCUUGUGUUUAAAUGAAGGUGGGCAUGGAAAAGAAGAGAUUGUGGAUAGCUCAAGGGGUAAACCAAACGUGAAUGAUGAGUAUAGAGAAGCCUUCAGGACAAAGUCUUACAUAGACAUAUGCAACAAAGUUCAAGGCCAACUGGAAACAAGAACAAGUCUUGAUGUUCAAUUAGGACAAUCUUCAUCAUCAUCAUCCUCGUCUUCCUCUCCUUUGGUGCAUCCUGUCCGUCUCUCGGACAACUUGCUUGAGCCGCGCCAAGAAACCCUAACAGCCAUCUUUGAAACCACGAAGACUCUCCAUGAUCACUUUCUUGAAAACUACUUUGAGAUCAGCCUAGAAGCAGGCAGAAUCUGCGAGUUCCUCCUCCAGAACGUGCACCAAGUACGCACCAAUCAUCGUGCGAUAAAGUACUUGCUGAAGUUGAUUAAACGAGUACCCGACUGUGAGAACUGGACAAACAAUCAGCACCACACGGUGUACAGAAAUCUUGCUUCGUUUGCCUCCAGCAGGAACCCCUUUUCAUCGAUGACUCCAGAGAAAUUCCACGAGUUGCACGAUUGCCAUGUGGAUUUGCUGCAUCAAUUGACAUCAAAAUGCAGGAAAACAAAGAGGAGAACAAAGUUCAUUAGGUACAUGAAAAGGGCAUUGGCAACUUUUGUAUUCUUGGGUUGUGGUGGAUUAGCCAUUGCUGUGUUAGUCCUAGCAAUCCACAGCAUCGUUGGCCUGUUGGCUGCACCGUGUCUAAUUUUAGGCAUGUUCGUGAUCAAGAAACUGAGGAAACAAGCCGAUCAUGAUCAGUCAAGCAGAACCUGGCUGGACGGGGUGGGAGCACAGCUCGAUCUUGCAGCAAGAGGGGUGUAUAUUCUAGUGAACGAUUUUGACACGAUAAGCCGGCUCGUGCAGAGGCUGCACGACGAGAUGGAGCACAGGAAGUUCGUAGCGGAUAUCUGCGUGAGGAAAGGGAAGAAUGAGAUGUUGAAGGAAGUGGUGAAGGAAUUCGAGAUGCAUGAGGGUUGGUUCAUGGAACAGUUGGAGGAGCUGGAGAAGCAGAUAUACUUGUGUUUUCUCGACAUAAAUCGAUCGAGAAGGCUGGUUGUGGAACAAAUGGUUAAGUGUUGAUUAAGUCCACAUUAUUUUUAAUGGUAAUUAAAUCAAAUUUAAGUAUAGAAACAUGCAAGUUUUUGUAGGGAAUUUAAUUAAUUCACCUUGUAAAUAUAAAAUUCCUGAAUUUUGAUCAAUGUAUAUUAAGACAGAGAUUUCGAUC